AUGUACCUUAGUAGCAAUGGGGCAGUGGCCAUAGGGGAAGCAGAAGAGGAGUGGGAAUGGCUGUACUGGUUGUGGAAAGGUACUGUCACUUGCCAUGAAGAUAGAAUGACAGUGGAGUUUUCAAGCGAUCUUGGCACUGAGAAAUGGCAUGCAUCUGUGAUGGAUUCCUUUGGUCUUGAAAUGCUGAAUUGCACUUAUGUCCUCAACCCAGAAGAGCGCACCCUACGAGCCCCCUAUGAGACCUGUACCAGCAGAGUGCUUGGUCAGCACCAGAUGACCAUCAGGUUCAUGGACAACAGUGCUGCUAUGGGACGCAAGGCUUUCAUGUAUCAGGUCAGCUGUCCAGCUGUGCCGGCAGGAGGAGCCCAGGAGCACCCAGGAUCUACCCUGUGCACGAAGGAUUUCAUGUCUUUUCCCUUUUAUGGUGUUCCUGGCAUGGCUGAUGAAAAUACGCAGCAGAUGGGAUGGAGCAUUGAGGUUGGUCAUGGUGCAGGAGCCCAAACUCUGACCCUUCUGGAGGCCAUGGUGCAAGGAUAUAACAUCCUGAUUGACGACUACAAGAUGACCGUGCAAGUGCCAUUCAAUGCCACCGGAGUGAAUCGCUACGCGCAAGGUAACAGUCAUCUCUACACGGUGCCUCUGAAGCUCAUCCAUGUAAUUUUUGGACAAAAGACCAUUAUAUCAGCACAAGUGACUUGUCUAUCAGGUCCUGUGACCUGCAAUGCCACGCACAUGACUCUCACCAUCCCAGAGUUUCCUGGGAAGUUAAAGUCCGUGAGCUUUGGAAACAGAGACAUUGCCAUGAGCCAGCUGCAUCGGAACGGCAUUGGUACAGAGGCAGCAGGUGGCCUGAGACUGCACUUCAGCAAAGCUCUUCUCAAAAUGAAGUUCUCGGAACGGUGCCUGCCCUAUCAGUUCUACUUGCCUUCACUCAAGCUGACUUUUUCCUUCCGACGGGAGAUAGUAUCCAUGGUGGUUUACCCCGAGUGUCUCUGUGAGUCCCCACAUCUCACGGCCACUCUCAUUACAGGCGAGCUGUGCACCCAGGACGGGUUCAUGGAUGUCCAAGUCCACGGCCACCACAUGAGCCCAGCUCUCAGCCUGGCCACCCUCAGAGUGGGGGACUCCUCCUGCCGGCCCCUCCUCGCAGCGGCGCCCCGGGGGCUGGCGCAGUUUCGCAUCCCCCUGAACGGAUGUGGGACAACACACCGGGUCCAGGACGGCGAGGUCAUCUAUGAGAAUGAGAUCCGCGCUCUCCCGGCCGGGCUUCCUCCACGCGCUGUGUCCAGAGACAGGGAGUUCAGAGUGACAGUGAGGUGCCACUACCGCGCAGGGGCCGUGCUGGCCAACACCAGCGUCCAGGGCCUGCCCGCUGCGGGGGGCUUGGCGCGGCCCGGCCCGCUGGCCUUUCUCCUACGGGCCUACCCAGACCAGUCCUACCUGCGCCCGUUCGCGGACGGGGACUACCCGGUGCCGCGACACCUGCGCCAGCCCAUCUACCUGGAGGUGAGCGUGGUCAACAGGACCGACCCCCACGUCAAGCUGGUCCUGGGCGACUGCUGGGCCACGCCCGCCGCCGACCCCGCCGCUCUGCCCCGCUGGACGGUGGUCAAGGACGGCUGUGCAUACAACCUGGACAAGCACAGAACCACCUUCCAUCCCGUUGGCUCCUCUGUGACCUACCCUGCCCACUACCGGAGGUUCGAUGUGAAGACCUUUGCCUUUGUGUCAGCUGCCCAAGUGCUCGCCAGCCUGGUCCACUUCCACUGCAGCGCCUUCCUCUGCGAUCAGCGCUCUCCCCACUCCGCUCUGUGUUCCAGGACUUGCCCUGCGUCACCGAGAAGCAGGCGAGCCACAGGGGCCACUGAAGAAGAGAAAACAAUAAGUCUGCCGGGACCCAUCCUCCUGUUGUCAGAUGACUCCUCGGGCAGAGACACAGUAGAUGCUGAAGGGCACGGAACUGCUGGAUAUGUUGCUUUCAAAACCAUGGUGGUUGUAGUUGUCUCCGCAGGUGUGGUAGCAGCUCCAGGCCUCGUCUUUUACCUGCGCAAGAAAAGAACCAGGAUGUUAAAUCAGUGA